AUGUUCUCGAGUUGUUGUCGGUGCGUCAACAAGAAGGCCGUAUUGAAGGAUGAGCAAUUAAGUGAAAACGAGAGUGACGAUAGCAAAAGUGAAAAAGUGCCGGAAGACAGUAAUCUGAUACGGAAGAUACCGUUGCGAGAUCCGAAUGCGGCGACAAAUGGUGUCAAAGUCACGGAAGAAUCUGCCGCCGUGAACGUCAUUGAUACGGUGAUAAAAGAAGAGGCAGAAGAAGAUAUCACUUCACCACCUUCGUCAGAUCCGGCUUCGUUAAUCGACAAAAAUGACAUUAUCGUCGAGGAAGACGAGAAAAAUGGCGUAAAUGGUGAUGCGAGUGUCAGAAGUGACUCGAAAGCGAACACACUGAAUGCCGUGAGCAAUGCAUCGAGCAACAUAUCGGACGAGGAAAAGCAAAAAAUACUCGAGUUGCAACAGCAGGCCAGCACGGAUAACGAAGAUGAUGCACUCGAUUCAAUCGCAAAAGAUCCAGACAAUAUUGUUGAUAAUAAAAGUACCACAAGUAGUAGCAAUAAUAGCAAUAACGAGCAUGUAAAGACAGAUGUUGUCACGAGCGACGAGAAUCUCAGUACGUCGAACGAGAACACGGACGACACCGUCAAGGAAAUUAGUUGUGCCGAAAAUGUGGCUGCAACCACCACAGUUGUCGCCACAAUCGAAACCAAGCCAAGCAAGAGUAACGAUACCAGUGAUAAUUCCAUCGAGCAUUCCUCGAGUCUCGAAGUGAACCAGUUGCCCUCAAUUGAUGCCAGUCAUCACGACGAAGACCAAAGUUUCGACGAAAGUUCCAUUCAAUCGUCGAAUUUCCCCACUCCGCCGCCGCCAAUUUGUCAUGUGCCACCAAACAGCUUCGAGGCAAGUAGUUUUGAGAUUCCGCCAGAUUUAAUCGAUUGCGAUGAAGAUGACGAUGGGCCCCGUGAAUACAUUGUGACGUUCGAGGAAGGCUUUGAUGCGGCACUUCAGCGAAAAGGAAGCAUUUUGUCGCGCGGUGGCUCACGAUCGUCCAUCAAGAAGAAGGUCAAUUAUAACACGAGUGACGAAGUGAUUCCGGCAACGCCUGAAAUUCCGCCGCCGCCACCCGAAGAGGAAGAUAACGACGAAGUUUUUUCGGAUUCGGUGCCGCCAAUGUUGCCAAGAGGUGAUAUGUGUACGCCGUUUUUGACGAAACGCGGAUCGAUUCCGGGACUUGCGGCAUUGCCUGAUUGGUUCAGGGAGGAAAAAUUAUUAUCUGACAGGGAAUUGGGUGGGAUUUUGGAGCCACCAACUACGCCAAUCGGUCGUGAUGAGGUCGCCCUCAAGCGUCAUCGUUUCUUCUCCGACUUGAUAUCAGCGGCACAGGCAGCUGCCGAGCAUCGUGUCAGUUUUGAUCCACUUGGACCGUUUGUGGCAGAUGUGCCGCCGAAGCCAGAAGAGAAUGGAAACGAAGAUUGUGAUCCAGCGACGAAGCAAACCUCCAGCAACGAACUCGAAAGUUUAAUUGGUCGUCUCGAACGUCUCGUAGAUCGACUUGAACGUACCGUGUCCGCACGCGAACUUGAAUACACGACGCAAUUACUGCAAACUGUGCAAACCGUUGCGGCAGUCACUCGUGCCAAAGACAAUCAUCACGGCCAUAUCUUGCAGCGUGGUGGGACAAUCGAAGAAGACACCUUGAAGUCGCUGAGCAACAACAAUAGUAUUAGUGGUGACGUCAUCGAGCAACGUGUAGCGAGCUUAGAAGAGUCAGCGAGUCAGAUAAAUUGCACGGACGACGAUCUCUUGUGUCAAAUACCGACCGUAGUUGAGGAAGCGCUAAACUAUAAGAAAUCCGACAACAUGAGCGUAAUGGCGUAUCAGGACAUCAUGAUGGGUCCCUUGGCCCAGUACUUGGCGUUAUCGGCUAAAAUUGGCGGCGAUGUCGCUACACAAGCGGAUUUCGUGAAGAAGGCUUUCGAUGCGCAACUCGCCUUCGUGACACUUGCCACGGAAAGUGCCAAGCCCUCGGAUGCCGAUUUGCCGCGUUUGUUGCAACCGACCUCCGAACAAAUUAACAACAUCCAAACGUACCGCGAAAAGCAUCGCACGUCGCCCUUCUUCAAUCACUUGUCCGCCAUCAGCGAGAGUAUUCCGGCUCUCGGAUGGGUUUGCGUCAGUCCCACGCCCGGACCACAUGUCAAGGAGAUGAACGAUGCCGGCCAGUUUUACACGAAUCGUGUAUUGAAGGACUGGAAGGAGAAGGAUCAAACACAUGUCGAAUGGGUACGUGCCUGGAUCCAAACUCUCACCGAAUUGCAAGCGUUCAUCAAGCAAUAUCACACCACGGGACUCGUUUGGAGUGGCAAAGGCAAAGCUUCCGUGCCAGCUGGCGUUCCUCCUCCACCCCCAGGUGGCAUGCCACCACCACCUCCGCCAAUUUCCGCCAUGGGAGAUCUUUCUGUAUCGAAUGGUGGCGAUAAUGAUCGCAGUGCAUUGUUCGCUGCCAUCAAUUGUGGCGAAGCAAUCACGAGUAACUUGAAAAAGGUCACGUCGGACAUGCAAACGCACAAAAAUCCUAAUUUGCGUUCCGGUCCCGCACCGUAUAAGGCUCCGCAACCGUUCAAACCGACCGGUCCGAAGCCAUUUGUGGCACCGCAACAAGACGACAAACCGCCCGUCUUCAAUCGCGACGGCAAAAAAUGGCUCAUCGAGUACCACAAAAACAACCCGAACUUGUUGGUGGAAAACGCUGAGAUGAAUAACGUCGUUUACAUGUUCAAGUGCACCAACUCGACGCUCCAAAUCAAGGGAAAGAUCAACAGUGUCGUCAUGGACUCGUGCAAAAAGUGCUCCGUUGUCUUUGAUUCACUCGUCUCUUCCGUUGAAUUCGUCAACUGUCAAAGUGUUCAAAUGCAGGUCCUUGGCAAAGUGCCUACAAUCUCAAUUGACAAAACUGACGGUUGUCAAAUGUAUUUGUCGAAAGACUCGUUGGACGUUGAGGUUAUCAGCUCCAAAUCUUCCGAGAUGAAUGUGAUGAUCCCACAACCCAAUGGAGAUUACACUGAACAGCCAAUUCCGGAACAAUUCAAAACAACUGUCAAAGGAACAUCAUUGAACACCACCUUUGUCGAGAGCUUGGGCUAAACGAUGUGUGUUGUAAAACUUUGAUUUUACUCUCGAGAUUCAUCGUCGAGCACACAAACGAUUCAAAAUAAAAACACUACAUACAAAAAUAUUACAAAUUUAGGAUAUUUUUUGUCAUUUACACUCUUUUUUUAAUAUCAUAAAACUUAAAAAUUUAUGUAUUUACGAGGAAAUUAAUAUAAUAUUUAUAAGAUU